AUGGGGGGAGAAAAUUUUUGGAAAAAUAUAAAACAAGUGACUUUUUCGGAUUUCCCUGUGGAUGCAAUUCCGGCGGUGUACUCAGGGUCUUACCUACUUAUGAACAGCGAGUAUGAGAAGUUCAUUUUGGUAUGCUCGAGGGAGGACCCAAAUGGGAGUGAACGUAGCAGCGAUGGUGAGGUGAAGGCAGUGCCCUUUUCAGAACUGCAGCUGUUGGGUAGGUGCAAAUUUUCGUUUGACGAGGGGAACACAUGGAAGGAGGGUGCAACCAGGAUGUACAGCGAUGAGUUGAGCAAUGAUGAUGGGGGCGAGGAUAGUACAGAGUUGAGCGGUGAUAACACAUGGGAGAGUGUUAAAGAGGUGAAUAUCUCAGCGGAGGAAGAUGUAAAAUUGGAGGACCAAGUCAAGGAGAAAUCCCAACAAGGGGCGCCCCCUAGCCAUGCCACCCAGUUAAGUCUAACGCAAAUGGGAGGGAAGCUAGCCAUAAAAGCUGUAAAUGUUCGAAAUGGUGGCAGCUCCAGCAAGACAGUAAUACUCGUGUGCAACAGUCUAUACAAAAACGACCUCUACUGUGAUAAGAUGAAGCUGCAAAUAAAUGAUAAGUACAUUUUGCACACUUACGAAGUGGUGAAUGGAUACCAUAUGGCCGUUUUGCGAGAAAAAAAUGGGACCCACUUGGUACCUUCAUUUGUUUACAACUUGAGCGAGACGUUUGAGCCGAUUCUUCAUUAUAAGAGUGAGAAAAACAGGGAAGGCAAAAGUGACGUAGGUGAGGGAAACCCCUUAGACAAAGCAGCAUACGAAUUUGUUUCGGCCAAGGGAGAGGUGGUAUACCUAUUUUGCCACACAGUGGGUGGGCAUAACAAAGUGAUAAAAAUAAACGCCCCAGAGAGGAAGCCAGGGUGCGAAGUACUCCCAGAUGGGGAAGCCAACAAGGGGUACUCUCACACCUUUUCAAUUCAGAACAUGCAAAAUGAGCGCAUUUGUAAAGUGCCCACAUCGGAGCUUGGAACGACGCAAGAUGGCUUUUUCAAAGUGUUCUACGUGACUUUGCCUAAGGGGGUAUCCCUAAAUGGUGACUGCUUUACGUUCUCCUUCAGUAAGGAGCUGAAGAGUGAGUACCACACAGCUGUGGUGAGGAGGGCCAACGGGGGAAGUGCCCCCCACGAAGGGGAAGCCCAGUUUUACUUCCCCUUGUAUUACUCCAAAUUUUUAUACAACUAUAAGAAGACCUACUGCACGUUAAGCAAUGGCCUAAAAAUUGCUGUCGAAUUUGAUUACAUUAGGAACAUUCUAGAUUUAAAUUAUGCGGACGAAAAUGAUGUUAUCAAAAUUGGUAGCAACGAUACUGUGGUGCAUGCGAAGAGGAGGUAUGUUCAGGAGAAGGGGGGAGAUGUAUUCCCCAGGGGAACUUACUUAAACUCUUAUCUACCCUUUGAAAAAGAAUACGUCAUUUCUAAUUUUGUUCCCGAGGGUGUAAAUCAGACCAGCAGUAUAGUGCUGCCCCAUGGGGCCGUUAGGAAGUUACAUUUUGUACAGGGGGGGGAAGUCCUCCCCUAUGAUGGCAUCGAUUUGUUGGCUAUCUCACCGAAUUAUAAAAAGUUAACCAAAUAUGAGAUGAACAGAAAAUCGAUAGAUGUCAUCGUUUCGAAUUUCAAAAGUGAGGAGAAAAUUAUCGGAUUGGUUUGCCCCGUCAGUUCGCAGGAUGAGGGGCUGACCUGUUUCGAUAAGGUGUACCUACAGAAGGGGGGUCGUCUCCACAACAUUGGAUUUGUGUUUGGCAGUAACGACAUUUUUGUAAUUCCCCAGAGGAGGCUGCUCAGGCCAGGUGGGAAGGAGGCCAUGGAGUCUCUGCUAUAUUUGAACAAACGUAAUGUAGACAAACUGAAGAAGGAAAAACAGAUUAUUCACUUUUCCUGUGAAUGUAAGGGGGGUGAGGGGACAGAGCCGGUGCACGUGAAUUAUUACGUCUCGGCGCAUUACGACUACGAGUUUGUUAAGGCGCAGGUGGGAAAGCCGGGGGGGAGCGCCUUCGUUAAUGGGCAUCUUGUGGAGCAGAGGGGGGAAGCGGGGAGAGAGGGCACGCCUGGCAAGACGGCCGACUCGGCCGACUUGACCAUCUCUGAUGAGGACCUUAACCUGGAGGAAGGUCUUCCCAUGUUCGGGCAGAAUGUACUUCUUACCAUGCUGGGUGGUGGUAGCUCAAAGGGGCACCCCCACGGCGCAAGCGCUAACGUAUUGAAUACCAUCAUCUGCACCUUUUUUGUACUUGUGCUGUUGGCCUGUUUGCACGUAGGGUGGUUAAGUCGGAAGGGGUCUUAG